AUGGGGAAUGCAUGGAAAUGGACAAAUGAAAAGUUCUCCGCCUAUAUAGAUAUGGUGGAUGCAUUUGCUUUAUACAGGAACACACUCGGAUUCUAUCUAGUCGACAAUUCCAUUACAAAUAGUUCCACUUAUUUAGCACCACUCUCCAAAUCAGCUGUAAGAGAUGUAAAAGGUCAUAUCAAAGCAAGAGGCUAUCGUUCUAUACCCAUUGGAGGAUACGUUCAGACUGACAGCGAUUACGCACAAGAGACCUAUCGGCUGGUUGCAGAUUACAUGGCUUGUGGAAAUUCGAGUAUUGAUUUUUGGGCGUUGUGCGACAACUCCACGUUCACCUCUUCGAAUUACUCUCGUCUCACCGAAAGCUUUUCCGACUACCCAUUACCGAUAUUCCUCACAGACUAUGCAUGUGAGCCCACUACAGAAGAUAACGGUGAUAUUGCCGGCCGGAUCUUUGAUGAAGUUGGCACCAUAUAUGGUCCAGAAAUGUCAGAUAUUUGGUCGGGCGAAAUCGCGUAUGAGUGGGUGAGCUUCAGCGAUUCAGAUCCCAGUGACUAUGCUCUGGUAAAUAUAACCAACAACACAAUCCAGCUCAAUCAAAAUUACAAGUCGCUCUCAACACAACUUGCUGCGAUAGAUCCUUCUAUAACUCAAAUGUCAGCUUAUACACCAACCAUCACAACAGCACCAUCAUGCCCGGAUGAAAAUGCAGCUUGGGCCGCAUCGACAAGACUUCCCCCAACAGCAGAUACCCUGGUAUGCGAUUGCGUGAUAGCUUCUCUACACUGUAAAGUUGACCCAUCAACACUAGCUAACAUAGUCACAUUAGUUCAAGCAACUCUAUGUACAUCAAACUCCACUAUCUGUGACGGAUUUACAUCGAAUGUCACUUCUUCAACCUAUGGCGCAUUUAGCGUGUGCUCUCCUUGGCAACAGGUUUCCUGGGCUAUCAAUCAAUACUACCUGAAUUCGGGAGGUUGCUCGCAAAAAAUAACAACGGCAAGUCUACAUAGUCUCAAAGCUCUAAAUUCUAGCUGCAUCGAUAUCCUGGCAAAAGCCGGUCCGUUAGGCAAAACACCAAUUUGUUCAGAUGUAACAAUUGCCAAUUCCACCUCAGACUCAAAUGUUACAUCCGUAAAUUCAGACAUCCCAACUGAUAGUUCCUUAUCCGGCGGCACCAUUGCAGGAAUAGUAAUCGGAAUCCUCCUAGCAAUCAUCGCAGCUGGUUGUCUCAUCUUCUUCUAUCUACGUAGAAGAAGAUCGCGAAAUACGCACAUAGCCGGAGAACUAGACGCUUCCACUCCCGGUCAACAUGAUUCACCAGCUGAACUUAGAAAUGACGGACAGAAAGCGGAAUUAUGGGCGAAUGAUACAUCUACCAAUGCAGGAACAACUAGUCCGAAGGAAUUGGCCCAUGAAGGAGACGCGAUGUUACCAAGAAUUCAAAAUGAGAGUAGGGACAUUUGUGAAUUGGCUUGA